AUGUUUACGCGUUCUUCGGUCGCGGUGUUGCUGGUCGCUGGGUUGCAGGGUGUGGUUGGUGCGGUGACUCCCCCGCAUACUGACCAGGGGACGUGUCAGAAGACUACGGUGGCUAUCUUGGGCGGUGGAAUGGCGGGUGUUGCUGCCGCGCAGACUCUGUCCAAUUCGUCAGUGCAUGAUUUCUUGAUCCUGGAGUAUCGGGACCGCAUUGGAGGUCGGGCCUGGCAUGAGCCCUUUGGCAAGGACAAAGAUGGCAAGCCGUACACGAUUGAGAUGGGGUGCAACUGGGUCCAAGGGCUGGGAAACCCUGGUGGGCCUGAGAAUCCGGUGUGGACUCUUGCGAAAACAUACGACCUGAAAACCCAUUACUCGAAUUACGAUAACGUCUCCACGUACAACGAACACGGAUACAAGGACUACUUGGACCUUCAGGAUGAGUACGACGUUGCGUAUGAAGAUGCGGAGGAGCGUGCAGGUCGGCUCCUCAAGGACAACCUCCAGGACUCGAAUACCCAGACCGGACUGGCGAUGGGCGGAUGGAGGACGAAGCCGCACGAUAUGGAGGCGCAAGCGAUCGAAUGGUGGAACUGGGAUUUCGAAUGCUGCUACGCCCCGCAGGACAGCUCCCUCGUGUUCGGCAUAGCCGGCAGCAACCUGACCUUCAACACCUUCAGCGACGAAGACAAUUUCGUCAUCGACCCGCGCGGCUUCUCCAGCAUCAUCGAUGGCAUGGCGUCAGAAUUCUUGAAAAAGGAUGACCCGCGCGUGCGCCUCAACACCCACAUCACGGACAUCAGCUACACCGACGACGGCGUCACCGUCCACAACGCCGACGGCAGCUGCGUGCGAGCCGACUACGCGAUCGCGACCUUUUCACUGGGCGUGCUCCAAAACGACGCGGUCUCCUUCGAACCGCGCCUCCCCGACUGGAAGCGCGAAUCGAUCCACAAGUUCACCAUGGGCACCUACACCAAGAUCUUCCUCCAAUUCCCGGAGACGUUCUGGCCCGCGGACACGGAGUUCUUCCUGUACGCGGACCCGCACAUCCGCGGCUGGUACCCAAUCUUCCAGUCACUGUCGACCCCCGGCUUCCUCCCAGGAUCGAACAUCCUCUUCGUAACGGUGACAAACGAGCUCGCAUGGCGCGCUGAGCGCCAAGGCGACGAGAAAACCAAGGCGGAGAUCAUGGCCGUCCUGCGCAGCAUGUUCCCCGACAAGAAGGUCCCGGAGCCCACGGCGUUCAAGUUCCCGCGGUGGAGCACGGAGCCCUGGUCGUACGGCAGCUACUCGAACUGGCCGGCGAGCACCACGCUCGAGAUGCACCAGAACCUGCGGGCUAACCUCGGCCGGCUGUGGUUUGCGGGUGAGGCUACUAGCCCGACGUACUUUGGUUUCCUGCACGGCGCGUGGUUCGAGGGCCGUGCCGCCGGGCGGGAGAUCGCUGCUUCGUUGCAUGGCUGUAAGGGGAAGAAGGUGCCUGGCUGUCGUGGCCGGAAGCACUAUGAGCUGCUGCGUGGGACGACUCAGUUGGCUGAUUACUCGAUGGUGAAUGGGUGGAAUGGGAAUAGUUUCUAUGAGAGUGAUCCGGAGGAGGAGUAG